GCUGUGUUCAAAUGCAGAAUGCCUGUGUGGAGCCUGUGUCUGUGACCCUGUGUUGCUUUUUCCAUGCGAGACAAGGAACCUGCCACACAAUGUGAUGUUUAGAGCUCGCUUUGUCGGACCGGGCUAGCUUUAUAGCAAAGCUGCCCUGUCCAUGUGCCUUACAACAAUGUGAUUGGUUGUAACUCGUGCUAUACAAUAACGUGAUAGGCUGCAUGUACUGUCCAUGCGCUGUGCAUGCAUGUGUCCGGCGAUUGCUCACUCAUUAUUACCUUCUAAUGGUGCUCCGUUAGUUUUUUUUUUGUCUCUGGCUUCACCGCUCAGCCAGGGUGGCGACAACUCCAUCCCCCCAGGGCAGAGGGGGCUCUGCCACUACAACCCCGUUUCCUUACGCCUUUUCUGGUAGCUUCUUCAGAGCACUGCAGCAGAAGGUUUGUAUGUUUAGGCGAGGAGUGGCCCUGAGAGGUGCACAAGUCCAGCCCCAGUGCAAAGGGAGGUGAGGUCAGCUGUGCAUGGGAGAUGGUUUGUGUGGAGGAAAUGAGAUAUUCAAGAAGUGCAUGUGCAAAAUGGUCCUGUGAAAUGUGCUCUGCUCAGAGUACAGCUAACCCAGUGGAGACCUGGGAAGGAGGGGGAGGAAGCAUUUGAAUCUAACAGCAGCCUGGGAAAGGAAAUGGGACCCUGAGCCAAGGAGUGGAAAAAAAACAAGGCAGAUGACACCUGCAAACUGAAAGUGCUUUGAGAGUGAUGCUGCACACAACAGAAACUGAUCACUGCCCCCAUGUCCCAUUCCCAGUUGAUUACAGGCAGGAAGCCCACUUCAGCCUUCCCCUUCUUUCUCCUUCCAAGGAAGGAGAAGAAAGAACAUAAGGCUUACAACUUUUUGAUUUCUGCUGUGAAGAUGUGGCAGUCCUUUGCCAGGAGCAGGUCAGGAGGGCAGCUGGCAGGGGGAGAGAAGGGAUGGACAGCUGUGGUUGGGGAGGUCUCCUCUUCUAGUGGGAACAUGGUCAAGUCUCCUACAUUAUAUAAAUAGGUUUGUUUGGUUCCCAUUGUGUUUUCUCACACCUCCACCUUACAGAUCUGUGAAACAAGAGCCUGAAGUGCCAGAAAGAGCACCUUAGUUCAACCUCUUCUUUCCAUCUGCUUGUGCCUGGCACACGAAAUCAGAAAGGGAGGGGGGGGGGGUGGUGGUGCAGAGCUUCCCCACCAAGCCCUGUGCUGGAAGGAGCUUCAUGAGAAACCAUGUUAACCUGCUAUAAAUUUUCUUUUCUGUUGUAUGGCUAUGCUUGGCCGCAGGGUGUUUCUGCCCUUUAGUGGGCAGGUCUGUAGGGCCAGCCCACCAUUCCCUGCUGCCUUCUCCCUAAACUCAAACAAGAAAAGACAGAUUAAGACAAAACAAUUUAAAACCUGCUUAGGCAUUAAUGCUUACAUCUAAAAAAUGUUUUUAAUUCCUUUAGGAAAUGACUUAGUUCUCAGAGACACUGGAAAACAAUUUCUAUCCUCAAGGAAAACAGAGGCAAAAAUUACUUCAGCAAAAACUGCAAAUGAGCAGGAAAUGAUUGCUUUCUCCUAGCUUCUCAGCAGUCAUCGAUCAGACCUAAGGGGCACCUACAGCUGUGACAGCAUCCGUCGUGUCAGGCCGUGCCCUUUGCCAAGGGAUUGCUCCGCAAUUGUCCCCUUCUACAUGCCUGGGCAAACUUCAUCCAUGUUGCUGCCGACUGAGGGCAAACGUCCUGCCCAUCCUGGGUUCUUGGGUCAGCAGAUUUCAGAAGAGCUUAUUCCAGACUUAAACCGGAUAUCGGAGAACUCAGAUCCCACUGAACUGGGCAGGCUUCUGCAGCUUAUUUUAGGUUGUGCAGUCAACUGUGAAAGGAAGCAAGAGCUGAUGCUCAAUGCUCUGCUGGCUGAGGAAUCCUCAGAAACACAUAGAGAAGAUCAUGACCCUUGAAGAGUCUGUUCAACAUGUUGUCAUGACUGCUCUUUAAGAGGUGGCUGCCCUCCAGGAUGAAAGAAACAGCUUGGUGUCAGAAAUUGAGAUUAUGAAGGACAGGCCAGAGCAAUUAGAUGACUCUCUUGAUGAUCCAGAUGCUGCAGUGACGAGGUAUUUUCAGGUACAGCUGCAGCUGGAACAACUGCAGGAAGAAAUCUGAGAUGGUUCAUCCUACUACCAUCAUGGAUGAUGAUGGACUGCAUACGCAUUAGUCAGCCAAGGACCAGUAACAGAGGCUGAUCCUCUCCCAUCAAGGAUGAGUGCACAAGGUGCAGACCUGGUGGCCCUGGCAUAUGCAGCACAUCUGGGAAAACAAGUCAACAUCUAUGCGGACUCUCAGUAUGCCUUCAGAGUAUGCCAUGCAACAGCACAGACGUCUGAUAACAUGCUAAAGGAAACCUAGGGAUAAGAACAUUUCUUGAACAGCUGCACGUGAUGAUCUGAUGUCUAAUUUAAUAAUGACACCAUGAUAUAUGUGGUGGCUGCCCUCCAGGAUGAAAGAAACAGCUUGGUGUCAGAAAAUGAGAUUAUGAAGGACAGGCCAGAGCAAUUAGAUGACUCUCUUGAUGAUCCAGAUGCUGCAGUGACAAAGAAGUGUUUUCGUGUACAGUUGCGGCUGUAGCAAGUGCAAGAAGAAAUCUGAGGUAUGAAAUGAUUUCUCUCAGAAAUCCCUCAUUGUCAUGUCAAAUCCAUCCUGAGAAUUGAUGGGGGCUGUGCUAUGCCGGGGGUUCAUGCAGCCGGCCCCGGACUCGCUGCCGGGAGCUGCAGCUCCCCGUGCUCAGGGACCUUGCCGGGGUCCCACGGUGCAACUGUUACUGAGUGGAUGCAUUUACUGGUGUGAACCAUCGGUUGUGAAUCCUGGGACUGUCUCACCUUGCAUGUCAUGGAUUAAAAUGAUCGAAAUUUGCUGCUGGUAUUUUCCCAGGGACCCUUUUCUUCACCAGGCUGUUGAGUGCAGCAGGCCCAGCCGUGCACUGUGUUGCUGGAGCUCACCCCUCUGCCUCCUGGGCACACCAGACACUCGGUGAUGCCAGGCAAGUAAAUGGGGAGGAUUUAGCAAGUUCUAAUGUCUGUACCCAAAACUUCUCUAGCUGCAAGUACAGAUGAUUUAUUGAGGGGUCUGUCAGAGUAGAGAGCACUGUGGUCGAUGGGGGUGUCACAGUGUUGUUGCUGUGCAAUGCCAGGACCCGGCCACAGGCUUUGAUGGUUUGCUAGUUUGCUUGUCCUGUCAGGAUCAGUGAUGUUCAUCAGUUCUGUAGGAACUGCCUUUGCUGUUACAGUGCCAGCCUCUCUGCUACCGGAGAGCAAUGCCGCAGGGACAGGGGUCGGGUGCUGUGCGGCUGCCUCUGCCCCGGUGGGCUCACAGCCCCCUGUCCCAUUCCUGAAAAACAGGGCAGGGCUGAAGGCUACAGCCAGUGCUGGAAAUGGCCUGUAGUGGUCUUCACUUUGAAGAAUACUUCAUGACAAAAACGUUUUCAUAAGGAUUUAUUGGUAUGCAUGAUAGAACUGUGUUGGAGUGACACAAUUUUUUUAAUUUUUUUUUUUUUUUUAAUUUUAAUUUUUUUUUUUUAAUGGUCACAAUUCAAGGAUAAGAGAAUCUAAAACCGUGGGAUAUUAGUAGUCCAAGUACAAAAGGCCCAAGCUCCUCCUUCAUUUACAGUGACCUAUCGCAAGACUAAAAGUGCCCUGGCAGAUGCCAGGCUGACCAUGUGAUACAGAGUGAGAAGUCUGCUUGUAAAAGAAAUUAUUUUGCAAUUGCUUGAAAAGAAACCAACAAAUCCUCCAGCCUCUCUCUGGAGCCAGAUGGUUGUUACCACCACCCAGCUGAGGGCUCAUUUUCAGCAUCCCUAACAAAGGAUUUUCCCUGUGAGGACAGUGGCCAAGGCUUCCCUACCGAGGCACAGCACAGAUCUUGUAGGAUUUUGGGCUCAGCGUGAGGCCCAGCUUGAACUGGAGGCUGAGUGUGGUGUCUGGUGGUGCCUGGAAGGUGAAUUUCUGGAGCAGAGCCGUGAAGAAGAGGAAGAGCUCGGUGCGGGCCAGCAGCUCACCCGGGCAGGAGCGCUUCCCUGCGGAGACAGUCACCCAUGGCUUCCUCAACCUGCGCUGGCUGCUCGGCUGCUUUUGCUGCCACAACAGCCUCUGCCUUCCCUUAGCACCACAGCCCAGGCAAGUUACUCCCUUUCCAGGAUGACUUUCGUAUCCAAACUGAGCUCCCCAAUAACAGUAUUAGCAUUACAGAAUGGGCUGCAUUCCCAGUUACACGACUCUUGAGUGCACAUGUGUGUAACCAUAUGUACAGACACUGAAUCCUCCCCUGCUUAGAUAAGCUGUGCUUGACACGCACAGUCUGGAUGGGCCCAUGCUGGGAGAAGUGGUUGGUUUGAGUUACGCCAAAGAGAGUGGACAGAGAAGGUGUGCGAUGCUGGCACGAGAAAAAGGGGUGGUAAAAGGAAUGUCCCGGGGAAGCUGUUGGCUUGGUCCCCUGUGAUGGCAACAGUGAAGCCUCUAGUGACCUCAGCCACGUGGGAGCAGGAUCACAGGGCAAUGCUCUGCUUGGUGAAGCUGUUUCUAGGGUGUCUGGCAUUUUUAUGGGUUGUCCAUGUGAGCACUGCUUGAGCAGCAACUCCCAGGGUGCAGCCAACAUCUGCCUCUUCCUCAUCUCAGUGCCUCAGCACCAAAGCACCAAAAUUCAACAAAUCUUACCUAUAGAAAAUGGUACAAAAGACUCUCUUUUCCAGAACUGACCAUCUUUCAGGAAAUGCCCAGGGUUAAAAGCGUCAGGAGUUUUCCACUCGUUCUGGUCAAACAUCACAGAGGUGAAAUUUGUGAGCACACUAGUGCCCUAAGAGGAGAAAAAACAAAUAAAUUGCACUUGAUUACUGAGAGCAGGAGGAGCCUUUUUAUUUCCAAGUCUCCUCUCUGUUAGGAACAGCUGUAGUCAAAUUCUGCUAAUUCUUGUCCAGAGACUCAGUGAUGACAGACCCCUGUUUUUCCCUCUUCAGCAUCACUUUUAUCUGCUCUAGUCUUGGGCCCAACUUCCUGUAAAAGUUGUGAGAUGGCAUCUGUACCUCAACAGUGCGUGCAGUGGGGGUGUCACCCCCAGCGCUCUGCACCACUCAGUGUGCUGGAGAACACUGUUUGGAUGGUAAAAAUACAUGUUCAAGGGUGGCCGGGGCAGAGUCGCCCUGCCUCUACUCCUGUCUGCACAGGAUGGACCUGGGAUGGUGAAACGUGCCUGGGGAAUGGGGAGUCUCUUGCUAAAGUCUCAUCGCUCAGCAGUGGGGUUACCUUUGGUAUGUAGAAGCCAUCCACGACCGUGUCCUUCACUGUCAUUCUUGGCACACUGAAAGGGAUGAUGUUGCCUUUCCUCUGCACUUCGUGGAUGACAGCAUUGGUGUAGGGCAUGUUGCUCCUGUCGUCCAGGGCUGGCUGCCGCCCCUGCCCGAUGACCGUGUCGAUCUCUGCUUGCACGCGGGCUGGCGGGAAAGAGCAGGGAUCAGCCAAGGUACAAGGGAAAAAAACAAAACUAAACAAAACCACCUUGGAACAGCGUGGAGUGAUAGCUGUGAGACUGACAUGGGAAACCUGACACAGUUUGCACUGAUCUUUUGUCUGAGUACAGGGAGAUUAACCAUUUAUCUGUCAUUAAAAAAAGGGUCUUACAAAGCUGCGAGGGCUAAAAUAAUUUAAAAGUGCUGAUAAUUUAAUUAUUGUACCUUGAAUUUCUGGAUACAUGGCCAUAUACAGCAAUGCCCAGCGGAUGGUUGUUGAAGUGGUCUCAGUCCCAGCUAAGAACAAGUCAACUGCGCAUGCCAUGAGGUUUUCCUCCUGGAAGAUGCCAUCGCCGUUGUCCUUCACAAAGAGAUGUGUUAGUGAUGCACGAACAGUCAGGGCUGCCCUCACACCAGGCUUAGUCCAAGUCAGUCCCAAGGAUUUUGGCAGAAGCUUCUGGCCCCCUCCACCUCCAUCCUGUUCAUGGGUGCCCUGAACCUGAUGUCCACCCUAAGCUCACAACUGGCCACAGAGGCAGUUCAGAUGGAGAAUUUGGGCUCAUUUCUCAUCCCUCUGGAUUUCUAAGCCCCGCUGCAGAGGGGUUUGCUCUGCGGUGCUGACCUUGGCUAUCUCCUGCAGGUAGCAGUCGAUGAAGUCCCGGCUCUCCGAGGGGUUCCAGUCCUCCUUGUGUUUGUUGAUCCUCUCUUUCACAAAACUUUUCAGUAAUCUUGAGUUUCUAAAAAUGGUUUGGUGGGCUCCAGGGAAGAACUUUAUUAUGGAUGGGAAAGAAUUAUACAGCUUUGGAGAGAAAAGGAGAGAGGCAAAUUGAAUAGAGAAUGGAAAUAGACCUUCUGUUACCAAAACCUGAGGAGCCUACAGGGCCUAGCUGAGUGAAUUUCUGGUGUUGGUGGAAAUAGCUGAUCUCUGGUAGAGGUUGACAAGGGACUGGUAUUCCUGUCACUCCAAAGAGACUCAUGCACUACCCAGCAUUACAGCAGGCAGGCUGGCAGUUAAUGGGCAGGAAAGGUGGUGUUGGAUGAGAGAGUGGCAUGGACAUUGAACAGCUGGAAAAAAAGGCAGAAAGAAAUUAUGGUAAUAGCGAAUGACAAUAAAUUUUAGUGCUGAAAAUGCUACAGCUAUUGAGGUUGACUGCGGAGGAGAAACUAUAGCUCUGCAAAAGUGCACACUGCUCGUGUUGGUGGCAGGAGUCUGUACCUGGCUCAUGAUGGCCCCAUUAAGGGUAAGGGUCUCAUCCAGCAGGUGCAGCAGUUUUUGGAAGUCCUCAUCAUGGUAUUCAAAGCGAUUCCCAAAGGUGACAGAGCAGAUGAUGUUUGAAACGGCGUUAUUGAUUUUAAAGUGAGGGUCGAAAGGAUCCCCUACAGAAUGCAAAGAGAAUGAUCCAUUUUGAGUCUUGCCAGAAAAGAACAAGGAAACACAGUUAUUAAAUAUAAUCUAGUCAACAAAUAGGAGUGAAAUGAGUGGCCCCUGAUGGGCACCCUCCUGUGUCACUGUGUUCCCAGGACUCCUCACCACCCCAGGAUCUGGCCAAGCUUGGCUGGGCAGCCCCAUUGUGCAGCAAACAUCCCACCCUUGGUCCCACUUCAGUCAGACUGUGGAGAAGUUUGUUUACGCUGGAAAGCCAGGUCUGCAGAAGAGCAGAUAUCACGUGAAUUCAUGGGAAACAUUGGUGCUUACACACAUGGGAUGUUCUGGAGAUCUCCAAGAGAGCAGCAGGCUGAAGGUGGGCUAUGAUUAAUGCUUUGAGGUUACCCAGCUGCAUUUACCCAUCAGUCUGAGGGAAAAUCACCUGUAAAAGGGAGCUGGGGUGUUGGCAGGGUGCUAGAAUCUUCUCCAAGGUGAGGCAUUUCUCAGCAUGCAGUGACUCGUGAGUGAAACUGUAAUGGGUCAUACUGGUUUUUGUGUUCAUCUCAGCUUAUAAGGGGCCAUGGCACUUACCCUGCUCAUCCCCAAACGCAUCCACAAGGUACCGGCACUCCUCCUGGAUGCGCUCCUCCAGGCUCCUCUUCCCCAAGCCGAAGUUUCGGAGGGUGGACAAGGUGAAUCUCCUCUGCUGCUUCCACAAGUGCCCAUUGGAAGACAGCAGUCCUGCCAGAAACACGACACUGUGACACAAGGCAGAUCCCUCCACCAAGGGGAAAAAGCUCCAGGGCUCUGCCUUAUGUGCAGCUGUGUUGGACCUCUGCUGAGUCAGCACUUGGGUUUUGUGGCUGAGAUCUGUGUCCUGAGGGAGAACUCACCCCUGUUGCUGAAGAGCUCCCCAGCAAGAGGCAAUUCAGGGCGAUCCAGGAAGUUUUCCCCUUGGUUUACAAGAACUUCCCUAAGCAUCCGUAGUCCACUAACGAUGACAAAUGAUUCCCUGCCCAUGUCCACGCCAAAUAUGUCACCGUAUUUUUCAAUAAGCUGGAAGGGUGAAAAAAAAAUUACAAGGAGCUGCAUUGGCGAUCAGUGUGCCUCUCAGGACAGGGAUGGCCUGGCAGGACACACAAGUGAAAAAAAGGGAAGCUGAGAGCAGGAGGGGAGACAGGGUGUUUGCGCAAGUGUCUGCUUGUCUGCGUGGUCUUUUUUCCUUUCCUCUUUUCACAAAUCACAGAUGAGGAGUUGAAGAUUAUUUGCCAUAGAUUACACAAAACUCUGCCAGUUUGAUCUUUCAGUCCUGUGUUUUUCAGCUUUCGUUUCACUCCCUUCACAAAUAUCCUUCCAGUGCCCAGUGAGACCUAUGGAGCUCCUACAGCUGUGACAGCACCCGUGGCGUCAGGCCUUGCCCUUUGCCCAAGGGAUUGCUCCACAAUUGUCCCCUUCUUCAUGCCGGGGCAAACUUCAUCCACGUUGCUGCCGACUGAGGGCAAAUGUCCUUCCCACCUCGGGGUGAGCUCCUGGAAAUCCUACUGGGCCAUGGGGUUCAGGUUAACCCCCUCCCCACACUGCAAAGGUGGCACAGACACAACCCCGUCCCUCCCCUUCCCUACAGUACCCACCACCCCCUUACCUUCUGUACUGUCAUCAUGGGAUUGUUGAAGUUCAUCAGGUACAUGUGCCCCAGGAUGGGGAGAUAGAAGGGGUGCGGAGGGAAGUCCUUGGGCUUUCUGUGCUUCAUGUAGUCAGCAACAAGCAGGAAAACAACAAGGAAGAUGAGGAGCACCUGGAUGGAGAUGCUGUCCCAGAGGAAACGCAGCAUGGCUGGAUGGUGGGGCUCUGCAGGGACGUGUCCUGGGGCAGGUCAGGGCAGGCUGAGCUUUCGAGACACCGCAGAACCCCAGGGGUAGGGGAAAAUGAGCAACGUGGUGGCACAGCUGUGGGCACAGACACAAGACAGUAUGGAGUGGCUUUUACUGACCUGGUCUGGAAUCUGCGUCCAGAAUCCUGUUUUGCUAGGUUGGAGUAAGGACAGUUUGAUUAAACCUCUUCCAGAUAAAACUCAAGCCUUUCCUCUGAUCUCUUUAAAAAAACCACACAACAAGAUAUCUCACACUCUUGUUUCCACCUCCCACCACUGUUUUAGAAAGCCCCAGGGAAUCACGUCCUUGUGUAAAGGACAGAAAGGAGCUUUUUGGAGCAGGGAUUAAAAACCUUCUGGCAGCCUCGCUGUGCCAUUCCCGUGAGCCCACGGCUCUCCACAAGCCCCGCUCUCUCCUCCCUCUGUUUCUCUCACCGCCCGUGUCCCAGCGUUGCCUUCUCUGUGCGGGGGAGGCUCCAGCUGCUCCAAGCGCCUCUCACUUUCCUUGUUUGAAAAAGCGUUCGCUGGGACAAAUAGUCAUUGAACAAGUCGAAGGUCAGCAGAGACAUCAGAAAGAAUGUUGCGCAAACCUUUCAGAACCCAUCUGACUCAAGACUUUCAGUUUUGGUGCAUCCGGUUUGUGUAGGGAGGAAGUAAACAGCCAUCCAGGGUCUGCAGCCGUUUCCAAGCACCGUCAUUUCCUGGUCUGUGCAGACAAGUGCAUGCAGAGCAACCUGCCCCUGCCUCUUCUACACCACACAACACAUUCAGCAGCCCUGGUCUAGGUUUUUUCCUCCUGGACGUAGCAAUGAUUAUUCUUUGCUGUUUCUCAUGCAGGGUGAGUACAGUAGCCACUAAAGGGUGCUGAAUUUUGCAUUAAAAAAAAAAAAUAAAAUUCCUUUUUUUAAUUAAGUUGGUAGUAUUUAUUAGUUCUAUCAUAUUUGAGGACUUGCCCAAGAACUCUUAACUUAGUACUUUUACUUGUGUAAUUGGUCAGGUAACUAAACCACCGGUCAACUGACUUUCGACCUCCAGGGUUUUGCCAGAACAAUGUAUGGUACUCUUCCUAAAGGGCAUAACUUCAUUUCUGAAAACAGGUAUAAACAUUCAGCAUGUCAGCAAAUGACAAAGGCCUUCACAUCCUUGUGUUCCUCGCUGUAGCAAGCUCAAGCAUGCACAAAACUUCUUCCUGCCCCGGAAUGUAGUCUCUUAAUUCAGCUGUCAGAUAGAAAUUUCCUGUGACAUAGGUAUAACUUCCAGUCUCCAGGAGUUUGUGUGUCAUUCGAUACUGUAGUCAAACGACUGAUGAUUUAAUGCUGGGAAUCUGGUAUCUUCAUUUAUUUGUGUGUUUUAUGUUUAACCAUUUAAUUUCGUUCCAAAGAUGCUGUUUGGUUUGAUGCAUCUUGGCUAAAUCGCAUUAAGGAUGAUGUUGGUGACAACUGGAGAAUAAAGGCCAGUAAUCUAAAGAAGAUUCUACAAGGAAUUAUGGACUACUAUCAUGAGGUAAGGAAAAAGCAGCAUUUUGCUGUUGUUGUUUUUCUGAUCAUUAAACAUUAUGAUUAUUGUCCUCCUUAGCCUAGGUGUGGUUAUUUUUUCUCUUGUCAAAGUAAUUUAAGGAUUUUUUUGUUGGCAGGAAGUAUAUGAUAAUUACCUGGUUAAGUGGGAGGCCUGAGUGAACAUAAAAUUAAUUUGAGUAAGUGUAUUUUAGGUAAGACUCUUGGAGUAUAAUCUGGAAACCAUGUCUGUGUCAUUGCCCAGGUUAAUAUUAUAAGGCCUGAGGUGCAGAAUCCUGUUGACUUGUGUGUGUACUUUCUUAUUUGCUCUUCUGCAGUGAAGUUUUAAUCCUUUUCUACACAACAGCUUUUGCAACCUGUCCUGGUUUUGUUAAAAACAAGUUUCUCUUUCAGUGAAUUUUGCCUGUCAGCUAAAGCCUUCAUAUUAACUGCAUUUUCCUGGAGAACCAGACACAUGUUUUGGUAAACCUAGCAAUGGAAUGCAAACUUAUUGAUAAGCAUGGAUGGACAUCUCGCGAGAGGGGCAACGAGAAACCGGUGACCAAGAAACUGACCAACUGUGUAUAACAUUCCAUUCACGUGAAUACUUCAUAUAAAAGUGGGAGAUCAUGAGGAUCUCGUCCAUUUUCCCUUUUGCCUUUGCUUUUUCCCUUUUCCUUAUGGCCGACAUUAGGAGAGGACCUUGCUAGUCGUCCCAGCGAACUGAGGCCUAGUGAGAGACUGAAUCCAGCUCCGGUUGGCUGUAGAGCCCAAUCCAGGACUUCGGGUGCCGGCUCUGCAGUUGCUGAGACUUUCAAGAUUGGUUUUAACACACAGAGAGGAUCAAGACCCUUGAAGAGUCUGUUCAAUAUGUUUUCCUGACUGCUAUUCGAGAGCUCAUGAGCAUGAAAAGAAUACAUCCUUCCACAACCGAAAAAGCAGUGAACCCAAAAGGACAACACCAAAAGAAGUGGUGGCUGCCCUCCAGGAUGAAAGAAACAGCUUGGUGUCAGAAAAUGAGAUUAUGAAGGACAGGCCAGAGCAAUUAGAUGACUCUCUUGAUGAUCCAAAUACUGCAGUGACAAAGAAGUGUUUUCAUGCACAGCUGUAGCAAGUGCAAGAAGAAAUCUGAGGUAUGAAAUGACUUCUCUCAGAAAUCCCUCAUUGUCAUGUCAAAUCCAUCCUGAGAAUUGAUGGGCCUGUGCUGUGCCGGGGGUUCAUGCAGCCAGCCCCGGACCCGCUGCCGGGAGCUGCAGCUCCCCGUGCUCAGGGACCUUGCCGGGGUCCCACGGUGCAACUGUUACUGAGUGGAUGCAUUUACUGGUGUGAACCAUCGGUUGUGAAUCCUGGGACUGUCUCACCUUGCAUGUCAUGGAUUAAAAUGAUUGAAAUUUGCUGCUGGUAUUUUCCCAGGGACCCUUUUCUUCACCAGGCUGUUGAGUGCAGCAGGCCCAGCCGUGCACUGUGUUGCUGGAGCUCACCCCUCUGCCCCCCGGGCACACCAGCCACUCGGUGAUGCCGGGCAGGUAAAUGGGGAGAAUUUAGCAGGUUGCAAGAGGUGGGACCUAAAACUUCUGCAGCUACAAGCACAGCUGAUUUAUAAAGGGGUCUGUUGAGUGGAGAGCACUGUGGUCAAUGGGGGUGUCAGAGUGUUGUUGUUGUGACACGCCAGGACCCGGCCAUAGGCUUUGAUGGUUUCCCUGCUAGUUUCUUGUCCUGUAAGGGUCAGUGAUUUUGAUCGGUUCUGUAGGAACUGCCUUUGCUGUUACAGUGCCAGCCUCUCUGCUACUGGACAGCAAUGCCGCAGGGACAUGGGCUGGGUGUUGUGCGGCUGCGGCUGCCCCAGUGGGCUCGCAGCUCCCUGCCCCCCUCCAGAAACAUGGGGCAGGGCUGAAGGGUACCACCAGUACUGGAAAUGGCCUGUCGUGGUCUUCACUUUGCAGAAUGCUUCACGACAAUGAUAUUUUGGUAAGAAUUUAUUGAUGCUCUAGAAAGAGAUUGUUGGGUUUUUUUUAAAUGGAUUACACGUCAAAGAUAACAAAAUCACUAACUGAUGGCAAUUCGUACUUGCAUGACUGUUAUAAAGCAAAGGCUGUUAGUGCUCUUCUACAGCUCACAGCCACAGCCUGAACACUGCAGUCUGUAAAGUGUUGCUCCUUCUCCUGCCAGUGGGAAGUGUGGCCAUCCAUCAUGAAAGAAGGCCCAAGCCCCUUGUUGAUUUACAGUACACUAUUGCAAGCCUAAAAGUGCCAUGGCAGAUCCCAGGCUGAUCACUUUUCCCAUGUGAUACAGAGUGAGAAAUCUGCUCAAAAAAGAAAUUAUUUUGCAAUUGCAAGGAAAGAAAGCAACAAACCUCUCAGCCUUUCCCUGGACCGGGGUAAUAAUUCCACCAACCCAGGGGAGCAGCCAAGGGCUCUUUUUCUUCAUCCAUGGCAAAGGAUUUUCCCUGUGAGGACAGUGGCCAAGGCUUCCCUACCGAGGCACAGCACAGAUCUUGUAGGGUUUUGGGCUCAGCGUGAUGCCCAGCUUGAACUGGAGGCUGAGUGUGGUGUCCGGUGGCGCUUGGAAGGUGAAUUUCUGGAGCAGAGCCGUGAAGAAGAGGAAGAGCUCGGUGCGGGCCAGCAGCUCACCCGGGCAGGAGCGCUUCCCUGCGGAGACAGUCACCCAUGGCUUCCUCAGCCUGCGCUGGCUGCCCGGCUGCUUUUGCUGCCACAACAGCCUCUGAAUUCCCUUAACACCAUGGUCCAGGCACAUUACCCCCUUUCCUGGAUGAGUUUUGCAUCCCAAACUGAGCUCUGGAAUAAUGGGAUUAGCGUUACACCACGGGCUGCAUCUGAAUUGCAGGACUUUUGUAGGCACGUGUGUUUAUCUGUAUGUACAGGCACUGAACCCCUGCUUGGAUAAGCUGUGCUUGACACGCACGGUCUGGAUGUACCCAUGCUGGGAGAAGUGGUUGGUUUGAUCGACGCCAAAGAGAGGGGACAGAGAAGGUGUGUGAUGCCAGUAUGGGAAAGAGGGGUGGUAAAAGGAAUGUCCUUGGGGAAGCUGUUGUCUGGGUCCCCUGUGAUUGCAGAAGUGAAGCCUCUAGUGACCCCAGCCAUGUGGGAGCAGGAUCCUAGGGCAAUGCUUUGCUUUGGGGACCAUGUUUCUAGGUUCUCUAGCAUUUUUACGGAGUGGCCAUAGGAGUACUUUUUGAGCAGCACCUCCCAGCAACACCUGCCCUUUCCAUCACUGUUUUCCUCUUGUCUUCACUGUGUAGUGGGAAACCCUGUCCCAGUGCAGAAGUACAGAAACACCUGCCUUCCCUUAGCACCACAGCCCAGACAGGUUACUUCCUUUUCAGAUGAGUUUUGCAUGCUAAACUGAGCUUCCCAAUAAUGGCAUUAGUGUUACAGCAUGGGCUGUGUUCCCAGUUGCAGGACUUCUUAGGGAACGUCUGCGUAAGGGGAAAGAGGGGUAGUAAAAGGAAUGUCGUUGGGGACACUGAUGGCCAGGUCCCCUGUGAUGACAACAGUGAAGCCUCUAGUGACCCCAGCCACGUGGGAGCAGGAGCCCAGGACAAUGAUCUGCUUGGUGAAGCUGUUUCUAGGGUCUCUGGCACUUUUAUGGUCUGUAAUUCAUCUUAAUCUCGCUUCUGUGCAGGUGAAGUGGGAAAAGAAAGAGCUCAGAGUGUCGGUUGUGGUGCUCUGGAGUGGCCAUGUGAGCACUGCAUGAGCAGCAGCUCCCAGGGUGCAGCCAACAUCUGUCCUUUCCAUCACUAUUUUCCUCUGUGUCCCACUGUGCUGUCGGAAGCCCCAAUCCAGGACCUCACACUGAAGCACCAACUUCCAGCAAAUCUUACCUAUGGAAAAUGGUAUAAAAAACUCUCUUUUCCAGAACUGACCAUCCUUCAGGAAAUGCCCGGGGUUAAAAGUGUCAGGGGUUUCCCACUCGUUCUUGUCAAACAGAAGAGAUGUUAAAUUUGUAACCAUGCUUGUUCCUUAAGAGGAGAAAAAUAAAAAUAAACUGCACUUUCUCUGUCA